AUGUCCGACGGACUCUUUAAGCCGGAGAAGGACUUCUCCAAGGAUGCUGACAAGCUGAUUCCGGAGGCGGAGCAGCUAGCAAAGUCUGAUGUCCAGGGCGCGAUCGACAAGCUGCUAGUGUUGGAGAAACAAGCCAGACAGUCAAGCGAUUUGGCCACCACAUCUCGGAUACUCAUUACUAUCGUCACAAUCAGCAAGAACUCCGGUGACUGGAACCUCCUCAACGACCAAGUCCUACUCCUCUCGAAGAAACAUGGCCAGCUCAAGCAAGCCAUCACGAGGAUGGUGCAGACGGUGAUGAAAUUUUUGGAUGAUACACCGAACCUGGAAACCAAGCUAUCGGUUAUCCAGACCCUGCGAACUGUGACGGAGGGAAAGAUUUUUGUCGAAGUUGAAAGAGCUCGCGUCACACGCAUCUUGUCUCAGAUCAAAAAGUCCCAGGGUGAUCUGAACGCCGCCGCGGACAUUCUCUGCGAAUUACAAGUUGAAACUUUCGGGUCGAUGACGAGAAGGGAGAAGACCGAAUUCAUUCUCGAACAAGUCGCACUCUGCAUUGAACGUGGUGAUUGGACACAAGCGACAGUUUUGAGUCGGAAAAUCAACAAACGAUAUUUCGCCCGCAAGCCGAAGAAGAGCCCGGAGGAGAUCGAGAAGCUCGAGAAGGAGGCUGAGGAAAGGGAGAAGACCCGGGGACCUGACGAGCCUCCCAUGGAGGUGGAUGACGAUGUCACGGACCUGAAGCUUCGCUACUACGAACAACAGAUUAUUCUUGCCAACCAUGAUUACAAAUACCUGGAUGUUUGCAAGCACUACAGGGAGGUUCUUGAUACGGAUUCGGUACAAGAAAACACAGAACAACUCCAAGCGGCUCUCGCGCGAAUUGUAUACUAUAUCGUGCUGUCGCCAUACGACAACGAACAGUCCGAUCUAUUGCACCGUAUCCAACAGGACUCAAGACUCUCCGCGGUUGCUGUCGAAGCUCGCCUGGUAAAACUGUUUACCGUACCCGAACUCAUGCGCUGGCCCAUUGUUGCGGAACAGUUCGGUCCUCAUCUAUGCAGUACUGACGUCUUUAAACCCAAGCCGAGUCAGUCCGCGGAAGAUCAGCCAUACAAGAGGUGGCAAGACCUUCGCAAGCGCGUCAUUGAACAUAAUGUGCGUGUGGUGGCGAAGUAUUACACCCGUAUCCAAAUGGGACGGCUGACCCAGCUUCUGGACCUGACUGAGGAUGAAACCGAGAAGUACAUCAGUGAAUUGGUUACCUCGAAGACCAUCUAUGCGAAGAUUGACCGACCUGCUCGACUGGUCAACUUCGCCAAGCCCCGCGAUGCAGACGACGUGCUGAACGAAUGGAGCAGCGAUAUGAAGAAUCUGCUAGGGCACCUGGAGCGUAUUGACCAUCUCAUCACCAAGGAAGAGAUGAUGGCGCGCAUCCUCCCAACCCGAGAGAAGGCCAAGGCUCGUUAA